AUGAGGGCUGUUACGAGGAAUAAAGUAGUAAACAACCUGUACUUUUCCACGUUCCUUAUUGCAUUCGCAUCCGUGGCCAUCGGUUCUAUACUGCCGUGCCCAGCGCAUUCCGUUGAAUCUGAUUCGCCGGCUGUGGAACAACACAAGCUUCAGCUGACUCACGAGCAGGAGGUUAAGAAGAAUAAUGCUCUGAGGAAAGAGAUAUAG